GAGAGAGAGAGAGAGAGAGAGAGCGCGAGCGAGCGAGAGAGAGAGCCUAUUGGCAGCGUGCUCACCUGAUUGCGGGGCUUCUUUUCAUCUUCUGCCGCAUCAAAGGGUCAUUUCGCCCGCGGCGCUGAGAAUGAAGUGAUCACCGACACCGUUACAUCUACAUUGACGCUUUUCACCCACAGCAUGACCAUGAAGAAGAGCAAACCGAUUGCUCUGGACCGCCGCGAUAUUCACUCCCUGCUGGAUGUGAUCGGCGGCUUCGGUGCAGUAGUCGCCGUGGGGAUCAUUGCCAUGCUGUCGGUGUGCGCCGCGUUCUUCAUUUACCGAUCCUUUAGAGGUCAGCGCGGAAAGGGUGAAGAGAAUAACGGCAAUGAAGCGACGGGAGAAGGGAGCACGGCUCGGGGGAGGAAAAAAGAGAGGGAUGAUCGACCUACCGAGUCAACAGGAGAAUGUCAGGGUGGAAAGCAGAAGAAGUGCAGAGAAUCCACUAACCUCUCAUCCACCGACAACAUGCUCCUUCCUGCUGAGGUGCCAGAGAAAGACCUGAAUGAAAGCACUCUUAAGGAUUUGGAGGAUAUUACAGAUGAGCUCCUAACAGACUUGGAACCCGAAAUGGAAGAAAAAACGGAUUCUGAUCUGGAUCAGUGUGUAGAAUUGGAUCCUGAUGAGAACACGGAAUGUGAGAAACAUAUUGAGGAUGAGGAUGAUGAUGGACGCGAGGUUUUGGCUGAUGCGAGUGUUGGUUUGACAGAAUUGGACAUCCAACGCAAUUCUGUCAAGAAGGAAAUUGAGGAAUACCUUGACAAGUCUGUGAGUUUGGACACAGAUGAGCCGUCUGAAACUGAAAGCGCUCGGGAGUUCAUUUAUCAGAGACAUCAAGAUCACAUCACAACUAAAAGCAAGUCUUCUCCAGACCAAGCCCCAUCCAAUCCCAGCAAGAUCCAAUUAGAGGAAAACAUCAAUACGUCAACUGUGGAAGGAGAGGAGAACACGAGCAAGAAGUUUGAAGACCAUCAUGAUUGGCGAUUUCCACGAACAAAUAACUUUGAUUGCGGUUGCAGUGAUAAGAAGACAGAUACGAUGGAGAAAAUAAAAGGCCAGCCAUGGUUUCACACUGGAAGCUAUGCCACAGAUGCCAUAAACCUGAGCCCGGCUGUGGAAACCAUGGUUAACCACAGCAGCAGGUUUGAGUUCCAGAACUACUUGGGUUUCCAAACUGAUAAUACGUUCAUGGGUGGGUCUUCAACACAGGUGAGCCUCUCACAAGAGAAGAAAACCGACGAAGAGGGCGCGUCAGCGGAUAAGAAACACGAAAAGAAUGAAAUCAGCAUCAUGGACGCCAUUAUGGACAAUAAUGAGUGGCUAAACGUAGGUGCACCAGAGUUCAGAGAUCUUCCUUGGCUUUCGCCAACUGCAAGCGAAGAAAAACAGACGCAACAAGAAAAAGAAGGGCAAGUCAAGACCGAUUUAGCAAAAGAUGAUGAAGAACCGGUGAAUAAAAGAGUAGCGACUGUUCCGCCUUUAUCGCAAGCGGUUAACGUGACCUUCAGGAUUCACUACAUCACAUAUUCUCCUAAGCAGCUGGUGGCUGUUACCGGGAGCCUACAGGAAUUGGGGGCCUGGGAGAGAUUUGUUCCACUGCAAAGAGCCAAGGAUGGGUUCUGGGCCAACACUGUCAGCCUCCCUGUGGAGAGCAAGUUGGAGUGGAAGUUUGUCCUGGUGGAAGAUGGAAAGAUCUCUCGCUGGGAGGAAUGUGGAAACCGCUAUCUCUUUGUAACAAGUCAAGAUGAAGACAUCCAUCUUGACGAGUGCUGGGGAUGUUGUUGAACUCAGAGGUGACUAUCUUCUUGGGCUGCACGAUUAAUAAAUAUAAAAUUGCAAAUCACGAUAUGGCUGGGGUUUAAAUAAAUAAAUAUAAGCGCUGCGUGUUUCAGAGUGAAGUGAGAGGCAAUGUGUUUUUACACGUGACCAGUUUAUUCGGAGCAUCUCAAAGUGGCCAGAUUCGCUUUUUUACACAAUCUCGGCAUCUACUCUAAUUUUUGGUUGCUUUGGCGUUAAAUUGGGAAUGCACAAUGCUCCAACCAUCUUCACAUAUGCUUGUUAACAAAAAAGAAGCUCCCUGCGGUUUUGUCAAAAAUAAAAGUUUAUUCGAUUUUUUGAAAAUAUAUAAAGAUAGCAAUAAAUACUAGUAUUGUGAUGUUGCAUAUAAAAUGAAAUUAUUAUUUUCCCAAAUCGUGCAGCCCUUCAACUUCCUCCAACUUUAUACAGCAAUAAUAAUCCAUAGUGCAUUAUUGAAAUCCAAUAUGUAUGAUUAUAUUGUACUAUUAUUAAUUAUUACCGAAUUAGUCCAAUAAAGCAUGAGGCUGUGGAACUGUUACUAUAGCAAUAAGAUUAUGAUAUUACAAAUAUGCACUUUUUUACGUCGAUAAUGUGAUGAUUAUAUCCAGUCGUACUGUAAAUGUCUGCCCUUAUAACUAUAAUCCUGUAACGGCAACGUACCAAAAUUGAGAAAAUUCACAAAAAGUCUUGUCUUUCAUGUAUAAGGGAAAAUCCGAAUGCUUCCAGAGGUUGAAUAUAUCUCUUUUAAAGCGUAUUGCAUAAAGUUUUGUGUGUGAAUUUAAUCUAAAAUGUUGCAAGAAUCUCACUAAUCUUUUCAUGACUGACUUAUCUAGAAACAUACUCUAUGCAAGUGCACAAAUGCAGACGUGAAUGCAAAUAUGCAGUCCCUCUGUACAUAUUUUGCAUGCAUGAUUGCAUUAGAAAGCUCAGUUCUCAGGAAGGACAUGGUUUCCUUCAAAUGUGAUUUUAAUUGAAUUACUUAUUAAAAAGGUUUCUAGCUAUGCACGUUGACUUUGACUAACUUUAAUUAAUUGUUGCUAUGUUUGUCAGCGCCAAUAGCCUUGUGGGCAGUGCGCCAACAUACAGCGCCGUUGUGCUACUGGAGUCCCGAGUUCGAAUCCUGACUCGAGGCCCUUUCCCGAUCCCUCCGCCAUCUCUCUCCCACUUUGCUUCCUGUCAGCUCUGAUCUGCCUUAUCAUAAUAAAGGUGAAAAUGCUAAAAAUAAAUCUUAAAAAAAAAAAAAAAAGUUGCUAUGUCAUGACAGUAGUUGAUCAAAGAGAGAAAACUGACCAUAGAAGAAGUUAAUUUAUACUAAUGCCUGUUAUAGCGCCCUUUGUGGAAACACUGAGAAUACAACACAGAGUUACACAUUUUAAUAGUUGCACUUUUAAAAUGGCUGUCUGACACAUUUCAGAAUACAUUUCAGGUUAAAUUGCUUGAAACUUUAGCGUUCAUGUACUUGCAUAGAGUAUCUUUCAGGCCUGUGAUUUGAUUGUCCUGUAGUGAAUGCUUGAGCAAUGCAAAACACCCACCAGCCAAAAACACCAUUAUCUUUGUGGUAGUUUGGCAUCCUGUUCUUUCUCUAAUCUGUUAAACGCUGAUAUAAAACCAGCUUAAUCGUCCCAAAUCCCAGCCUGGACUGUCUGCAUACAGUCUUUCCUCAAAGUUUAACAGCUGCUCUUCUUGUGAUUCUAUUACAUCAUUUAAAACCAGUGACAACGACAUCAGCAUUCCUGCUGACAACAUCACUGUAGCUUUGUUUGCCAUCACUGUCAACUGCAUGUAGCAGACUCUAAUUAUUUACAGAUAUAUAUAUAUAUAUAUAUUAGUGCUGUCAAGCAAUUAAUCGCAGCCAAAAUAAAAGUUUUUGUUUGCAUUAUA